AAAAAUUAUUUUUUUGUCAAGCUCCUCACAUAUUGUCAGAUGUUCUGAAUAUUUGGGUUUCAACUUGGCUUUGUCAUUCAGUAAGCAUGCAUGUUGUGUAAGCCAUUAACUUUGGAACUUGGGUUUUCUGGUCUGUAAAAUGAAGAGUUUGGUUUCCCAUAUAAAAUUAUUGUGAGGAUGAAAUUUGCUGAUGAAUAUGAAAACAUCUAUCAUAGCUCCAGAUGUGUUUUCAUGAUUGUUCAUUCAUUCAACAAAUGUUUAUUGGGAGCCUACUGUAUGCAGUUGCUUGUUCUAGAAUUCAUUCAUUCACUUAAUGCUGAUUGAAAAGUACCACGAUUUAGUAGUAUUGGGACAUCUGAGCUCAAGCACUGCCUAUGUUUGGAAAUCAUCUAGGGGACCUUGGGCAAAUCUCUGGCCCUCUCUAGGCCUCUAACUAGAGACUAGCCAUGUAGAGUAGAUUUCCAAGGCUUUUCCAUCUGUAAAAUAAUUCAUAUAACAAAAUUCAAGUAUAACGAAUAGUUUUUGAUAUCUUACAGAUUAAUUGUAUUAUACUGGCAAGUUACUUUAUUCUCUGCGCCUUUGCUUUUGUCUUUGAAAGUGGGGUUAAUAGUUCUAGUACUGUUUUCUGGUUAGUAAUAGCAGUAAUAAUGACAGUCACCCAUUAUUGAGCUCUGGGCAUUGUGCUAGAUAUUUUUAUACAUUCUUGCUUCUACAAACACGGUACAUGUUUCUCCAAAGCAUGUCGGUACCUGGAGAAACAGGUUGCAUCUUUCUAGAGAAUAAAGUUUCCUUGAUGGCACAGCUGUGUAUAGAGUGGAAUGCAGAAGUCACUUGAAAUGUUAAGCUAAAACUCAAAGAAAGUUGAGGCUUCUUAGAGGGGGCGGCGACUUUAAUACCAAGUUCCCCUGCAGUGCUGUUCUUUCUUGGCCUUUGGGGAAACUGGUGGAAAAGUUUGCAAAACAGGCUUUUUCCCUGUUCCAUGUUUGACUCACAUGAGAAAAAUAGCAUUCUAAUUUACAAUUUUGAAAAUAGUUCUUAUUUCCAUCACUGACAGAUGUUACCUUUAUGAUUGUUCAGCCUAUUCUUCCAUUUCAUUUAUGCAUUGGACAAAUAAUAAUUGAGUGCCUGCUCUGUGUUCAGUACCAUCCUAAAUGCCGAGGAUGCAGCAGCAACCAAAACAAAGUCCUCCCUCGGAGCUUGUAUUCUAAAAAACAGUGAGGUUUGAGGGCAGACCUGAGGAAUUAGGGGAAUUAAGCAUGUGGCUGUUUCAGGCAAAGGAAGAGCAAUUGCAAAGGCCCUGAGGCAGGAGCUUAUUUUCCUAGUAAGGGAGAGUGUUAGGAGAGGAGGUCACAAGGAGAUGACUAGGGAUGCCUUGAGGUUCAGGUAAGAGUUUUGUAUUUUAUUCUGAGAAACAUGGGAAACCAUUGUGGAGGUUUUGGGGAUGGGAGUAAUGGAAUUUGACAUACUAUUUUUGAGAACUUACUUUGGCUGCUGGUGAGAAUAAUGGAGCAAGGUUGGCAAGUGAGGAGACCAGUUGGAAGGCUACUGCCAUAGUACAGAUGGGGGAUGGCAGCACUGGGUACCUGGGUAGUAGUAGUGGUGGAAAUGGUGCAGAGUGGCCAGAUUUGGUACCUCUAUUGAAGGUAGAACCAACAGAAUCCGAGAAUGAAUUGGAUGUGCGGUCUGAGAGAAAGAGAAGAGUCAAGGGAGGUGGCAUGGUUUUGGGUCUAAGCUAUUGAAAGGAUGGAGGAGUUGCCAUUCCUGCUGAGACGGGCAGGUGGAGGGAGGAGCACGGGCAGUUCCUCGGCCAUGGAAGGUCUGGCUAAGCACUUUAUAUGAAGAAUACUGAAACUGACUUAGCUACUGUUUGGAACUCACUCUGCAGAGGAGUGAUGCGUUCAUUUGUGUUACCUUUAUUUUACUCACGGUCAUUUAGAAUAAUGAUUUGAAAGUGUUGCUGUGUGCCAAAUGCUCGUCUUGACCCAGGAUCCCCCCCUCCCCCCCCGUGUGUGGACUCCUCUCCUCUCCAGACUUCCUCUCACUUCCUCAUGCCUUUGCGGCACCUUUUCCCUAGCUGGACUGGUGACAGGAAUCUGGUUGUCUUCUCCACCCUGGCAGUUUUAAAUAACUAGCAGUUCUUACAUUUUCUUCCUGGGCACGCUGACAGCGGUUGGGUGUCCUGGACAUCCAUGUUUCGAUAACUGUAAUCUCCGAGUCUCUGUCCUGUGAAGCCGAUUGCUGGCCGUGCAUUUACCUCAGACUGUGGACUUGGAGCCCUGAAGACGCGAGAGGUCUCUUAGUUUCAGGCAGACCUGGUGUGGGGGAUGUGCUAAGGCUUUCAGGCUACAAAGGGACAAUUUAAAACUUGGCAAGUAAAACUGGCCUAAAUGCGGAUGUGUUUUAUGCUUAGCAUCAUAAAAUUGGUUCAGAACAGCCUGAUAUGCGGCAGAAGAAACCUUUAUUAAACAUUAUAGAGGUCAUUGCUUUUGUCUUCCUGAUACCUCUUCCCUCUCCUUUCUUCUGUGACCCACAUUGAGCCCAUUGUAGAACCCGCCCCCUGGCCUCAGUGAUAGGCCCAUGGAGGGGAACAUGACCUCCAACAGGCCAAUCAGAGGCGGAAAGACCUUUCUCUAGUGGGAAGUCAUUGAGAGUGAAAACCCAGAACCGGUUGCAGCCAGGUUUUCAGCCUCCUGGGAAAAGUGGCCUGAGAGGAAGAGACUAGAGGCGAAAGAAAGAGAGAGAGCCCUGAUGGUGCUUUCGACAUCCUAUCUGAUGCUGGCUUCAUUGUGCCCCCUUUAUUGUUUGGUACAGGAACUGAGAAAAUUCCCUUAUUGCUUCAUGCGGUCCUGCUGGUUUUCUGUCAUUUACAACCACAGGAGCCCAGAUACCCCUACUAUGAGCAGGGCAUCAAGAAGGAACACAAAAAUGACUAACUCAUAGCCUUGCCUCCAGGUAUAUAUAAUGUAAUAGUUUGAUUUCAAAACUAGUGAGUAUGGUAAAAUAGUUGGUAAGGUCUACCUUUGACAAAUCAAUACAUAGUAUAUUUUUUAAAUGUGAAGAUAGUGUAUUUUAUAAAAGUAUAAAAUUUUUUCAUUGGGUUAAUUUGUCUAACAUAUAUCACUUGAAUAUUAGCUUUCUCCAUGACUGGCAUAUUUCCUUUUUGAUAAUUUGCUGAGGAGCAAGGCUGCUUGUAAAUGAAUUUUUGUCUACCAUUAAAAUCGCCCUCAUCUUUUGAGGUCCAUUUCCAAAGCCACCUGCACCUCUGGAGUUAAUUAUUCCCUCUUUUGUGCUUACACAACCCUUGCUGUUUCUGUAUGGUGGCACCAGUCAUUAUGCUUUGAAUGCUUGUGAAACCCUCACUCUUCUGUUAAUUAGAAACUUUUAUGCCAGAGACUGUUGUGUCUCUGAGUUUCCCUUUGCGGGGAACAGUUCCCUGAACGUAGUAGGUGAUCAGUAAAUGCUUGUUGAAUUAAGUCAAUUAGUAGCACUGGUUUUGCUAAUAACUUUUGUAUUAAACUUACAAACUACUUUUAUGUAAAACUGCAUGUAAAAGUUGGUUGUAUGAUUUGCAACACUUAUUAUGAGUAUAACUGAUAAUGCUAAUGGAAAUGUAUGAUCUUAAAAGGCAUAGAUAUUUAGCUAUAGAAGUGUAUUAGUAGGAAAGGGAAAACUUACAAGAUUUUUACAUGAAAAUAAACCAGAAGGUUGGUUGGUAGGUACCAGGUGAACAUACCUGUGGUCACAAGAAGAGAGUGUUGGAGACACUGUUAGAGAUUUGACCGUGAGAAAGCAUCUCUCCAAUCCUAUGCCAGCUCCUCUCACCGUUUAUUUGACCUCAGGUAUUGCCAGAAUAAUUUCAGAUGUUAGUAGGCAGGAAGAGGUGGAGGGAGAGCUCAGUGAAGGAGAACACUGGUAUGGAAACUCUUCAGAGACUCCGUCAGAAGCAUCCUAUGGGGAAGUCCAGGAGAACUAUAAGUUGUCUCUGGAGGACCGGAUCCAGGAGCAGUCCACGUCCCCCGACACCUCCUUGGGAAGCACGACUCCCAGCAGCCACACGUUGGAGCUGGUGGCACUGGACAGUGAGGUCCUGCGAGACUCACUGCAGUGUCAAGAUCACCUUUCCCCGGGAGUGUCUUCUUUGUGUGACGAUGACCCAGGCUCCAACAAGCCCCUGAGCAGCAACUUGAGGCGGCUGCUGGAGGCUGGUUCCCUCAAACUCGAUGCUGCAGCCACGGCCAAUGGCAGAGUGGAGUCCCCCGUAAACGUUGGAUCGAACCUCUCCUUUUCCCCGCCUUCCCACCACGCCCAGCAGCUCAGUGUUCUGGCCAGGAAGUUGGCCGAAAAGCAGGAACAGAAUGACCAAUACACUCCAAGUAACCGUUUUAUAUGGAAUCAAGGUAAGUGGUUGCCAAACUCAACCACCACCUGCAGCUUGUCUCCGGAUUCAGCCAUCCUAAAACUGAAAGCUGCAGCCAAUGCCGUUCUGCAGGACAAAUCUCUCACCAGGACUGAGGAGACCAUGCGAUUUGAGUCCUUUUCCUCCCCUUUUAGCUCCCAGUCUGCCAGUUCUACCUUGGCCGCUUUGUCCAAGAAGGUCAGUGAAAGAAGUUUGACUCCCGGUCAGGAGCACCCUCCACCGGCCAGCUCCUUCCUUUCCCUGGCUUCUAUGACCUCCUCAGCGGCCCUUCUGAAGGAGGUGGCCGCAAGGGCUGCGGGCAGUCUUCUGGCUGAGAAAUCAUCGCUGCUGCCUGAGGACCCUCUACCGACCCCGCCUUCAGAGAAGAAACCAGAAAAAGUCACUCCGCCACCUCCACCACCACCUCCACCACCUCCACCACCACCACCACAAUCCCUGGAAUUAUUAUUACUCCCAGUUCCUAAGGGAAGAGUUUCUAAACCCUCCAAUUCAGCCUCAGAAGAGGAAAGUGGAAAGCCUUUCCAGUGUCCAAUAUGUGGUUUGGUUAUUAAAAGGAAGAGUUACUGGAAGCGGCACAUGGUGAUUCACACAGGUUUAAAAAGUCAUCAGUGUCCGCUCUGUCCAUUCCGGUGUGCUCGCAAGGACAAUCUCAAAUCCCACAUGAAGGUUCAUCAGCACCAGGAUCGGGGAGAGACCUUUCAGUGCCAGCUGUGCCCUUUUACUUCCUCACGCCACUUCAGCCUGAAACUCCACAUGCGUUGCCAUCAGCACUUCCUGAGGACAGAAGCCAAGGUGAAGGAGGAGAUCCCAGACCCAGAUGUCAAGGGAUCUCCCCACCUCAGUGACAGUGCCUGCCUGGGGCAGCAAAGGGAAGGAGGAGGGACAGAGCUAGUGGGGACCAUGAUGACGUCUAACACUCCAGAGAGGACUAGCCAGGGAGGGGCUGGCGUCUCGCCUUUGCUGGUGAAGGAGGAACCCAAGGAAGAUAACGGCCUGCCCACCUCCUUUACUUUGAAUGCUGCCGACAGGCCCGCCAACCACACAAAGCUGAAAGACCCCUCCGAGUAUGUGGCCAACAGUGCGUCAGCAUUGUUCAGCCAGGACAUCUCUGUUAAGAUGGCGUCUGAUUUUCUCAUGAAGCUGUCAGCUGCAAAUCAGAAGGAGCCCAUGAAUCUUAAUUUUAAAGUGAAAGAGGAGCCUAAGGAAGGGGAGUCCCUAAGCACGACUUUGCCUCGGUCCAGCUACGUGUUCAGCCCGGAAUCUGAAGUGUCAGCCCCAGGCGUUUCUGAGGAUGCACUAAAGCCCCAGGAAGGGAAGGAAAGUGUGCUAAGGCGGGAUGUGUCAGUCAAAGCAGCCUCUGAACUUCUCAUGAAACUCUCAGCGGAAAGCUACAAGGAAACACAGAUGGUGAAGAUUAAAGAGGAACCCAUGGAGGUUGACAUCCAGGACUCCCAUGUCUCAAUAUCACCCAGCCGGAAUGUUGGCUACAGCACUUUAAUCGGGCGAGAGAAAACCGAACCCUUACAGAAGAUGCCAGAGGGCAGAGUACCCCCAGAGAGAAACCUCUUCAGUCAGGAUAUCUCUGUGAAGAUGGCUUCCGAGCUCCUCUUUCAACUGUCAGAAAAAGUGAGCAAAGAGCACAAUCAUAUAAAAGAAAACACCAUCCGGACCACCACCAGCCCUUUCUUUUCAGAAGACACAUUUAGACAAUCACCAUUCACCUCCAAUUCAAAAGAACUGCUGCCCAGUGACUCUGUGCUGCACGGAAGAAUAUCAGCUCCAGAAACGGAAAAGAUAGUCCUAGAGGCAGGAAAUGGAUUACCAUCCUGGAAAUUCAAUGACCAGCUUUUUCCCUGUGACGUGUGUGGGAAAGUGUUUGGCCGACAGCAGACAUUGUCCCGACACCUCUCGCUGCACACAGAGGAAAGAAAAUACAAAUGCCACCUGUGCCCCUAUGCUGCUAAGUGCCGUGCAAAUCUGAACCAGCACUUGACCGUUCAUUCCGUGAAGCUGGUGAGUACAGACACCGAGGACAUUGUCAGCGCUGUCACCUCUGAAGGCAGUGACGGGAAGAAACAUCCUUAUUAUUACAGUUGUCACGUGUGUGGAUUUGAGACCGAGCUCAAUGUCCAGUUUGUCAGCCACAUGUCACUCCACGUGGACAAGGAGCAGUGGAUGUUUUCGAUCUGCUGCACUGCCUGCGACUUCGUCACCAUGGAGGAAGCAGAGAUAAAGACUCACAUUGGCACCAAGCACACAGGGGAAGACAGGAAGACCCCCAGCGAAUCAAAUAGCCCCUCUUCAUCCUCCCUCUCAGCUCUGAGUGAUUCAGCCAACAGCAAAGAUGAUUCAGAUGGCUCCCAGAAAAACAAGGGCGGGAACAACCUGCUGGUCAUCUCUGUCAUGCCUGGGAGCCAGCCCUCACUGAACAGUGAGGAAAAGGCAGAGAAAGGGUUCGAAUGUGUUUUUUGCAACUUUGUCUGCAAGACGAAGAACAUGUUUGAGCGUCAUCUGCAGAUACACCUCAUCACCCGGAUGUUUGAGUGUGAUGUGUGCCACAAGUUCAUGAAGACCCCCGAACAGCUGCUGGAGCAUAAGAAAUGCCACACUGUCCCCACCGGUGGGCUCAAGUGCCCAUUCUGCAUUUAUUCCACCAACCGCCCCGCUGCCAUGGAGUGCCACCUCAAGACCCACUACAAGAUGGAGUACAAGUGCCGGAUCUGCCAGACGGUGAAGGCCAACCAGCUGGAGCUGGAGACGCACACCCGGGAGCACCGCCUGGGCAACCACUACAAGUGCGACCAGUGCGGCUACCUGUCCAAGACCGCCAACAAGCUCAUCGAGCACGUGCGCGUCCACACCGGGGAGCGGCCCUUCCACUGUGACCAGUGCAGCUACAGCUGCAAGCGCAAGGACAAUCUCAACCUGCACAAGAAGCUGAAGCACGCCCCACGCCAGACCUUCAGCUGCGAAGAGUGCCUGUUCAAGACCACACACCCUUUCGUCUUCAGCCGCCACGUCAAGAAGCACCAGAGUGGGGACUGCCCCGAAGAGGACAAGAAGGGCCUGUGUCCAGCCCCCAAGGAACCGGCCGGCCCGGGGGCCCCGCUCCUGGUGGUCGGGAGCUCCCGGAAUCUCCUAUCUCCCCUGUCAGUUAUGUCCGCCUCCCAGGCUCUGCAGACCGUGGCCCUGUCGGCAGCCCACGGCAGCAGCUCAGAGCCCAACCUGGCACUCAAGGCUUUGGCCUUCAACGGCUCCCCUUUGCGCUUUGACAAGUACCGGAACUCAGAUUUUGCCCAUCUCAUUCCCUUGACAAUGUUAUACCCCAAGAACCACUUGGAUCUCACAUUCCACCCUCCCCGACCUCAGACUGCGCCUCCCAGCAUCCCCUCACCCAAACACUCCUUCCUCGCCUAUCUCGGACUGAGAGAAAGAGCAGAGACUGUCUGAGGGCAGCCAUGUUCUGUACCAAAAACAAAGAGACAAAAGACAAAAAAAAAAAAAAAAAAAAAACCCACAAAACUUAAACACAACCCCAGCAGGUGUAUGUUGCUGCAAAACCUACAGACCUCCAUGGGUCUGGAACAUGUGUACUGUAUAUCUUUAGUAAGGAAUAGAGAAUUGGCUCUGUGUGUAUACCUAUUGCAUUGACCUGAAAGCUGCUUUAUCCAAUCUUCAGAGAGGUGACCUACUGCAUACUUCUACCUUCAGAGGCAUGCCUCCCCAGCCACCCACUCCCACUCUCAGCCCUUCUCCGUACUUUUCUCUGAAAGGAAUCUUGUCUUGUUAAACCCUAAAGAGAGUGUCCUUAAUAGCAAUCAGCACUUGUAAGCUUAUAUACUGGUGCAUUUGGUUUUCUGUUGGGUGAAUGCGGUGUGUGGGCGUUUGUGGAUUCUGAAAGAGAAAGCCGUGUGUUGUGUGCCAUGACAUUUCUAUUGCACAUUCUUUGUACUGGCUUCUUUAACAGCGAUGAACGUUCUUUUCCCUCCUGGGUUGUUCAUCCACGACAGUCUCUCCCUGUGCUCCUUCAUCACCUUUCCCUCUCUCUUUGACGGCUACAGAGUGGUAGGGCCUGGUGCUUAGUCGAUGAAGGAAUGGUAGACAUCUACAGUGCUGCUGGAGAUUUCCGCCAGAGUGCUGGAGACCUUGCGCUCAGAUCUUCUCUGGUGAUGAAGAGGCAAGGAAUCAAGUGACUGAUCUGGAAGAAAUAUCUCGCAGCACUGCAGCUAACAUCACAGAACUUAAGUGUGUUUUGUGUGUGUGCCCACACGUAGACAAAUGUGUACGGUGCACACACACAGUGCAUCAUUUUUUAAGGGCAGAUUAUAUAUAUAUAUGAUGUAUUAAUUCAGUGGUUACCAUUUGUUUGCAGGAAAAAGAAAUGUAUGGGUGAAAAAAUUUAUGGUUGAUAAAUCCAGCCAAGGAGAUUAAAAGGGGUUUGGAUAAAUUCUGGGUAUAAAUGCUCAGACUAAAAAAAAGAAAUGGCAGUUUUGCACAGUGCUAUGGUCUUGCACUAGUUUUUGUUUCUCAUCUGAAAAAAAAAGUAAAAUAAAAGGAAGAAAAUGUACCUUUUUUAUGGAAUGAGUAGACUGUAUGUUUGAAGAUUUAGCCACAACCUCUUUGACAUAUAAUGACGCAACAAAAAGGUGCUGUUUAGUCCUAUGGUUCAGUUUAUGCCCCUGACAAGUUUCCAUUGUGUUUUGCCAAUCUUCUGGCUAAUCGCGGUAUCCUCCAUGUUAUUAGUAAUUCUGUAUUCCAUUUUGUUAACGCCUGGUAGAUGUAACCUGCUAGGAGGCUAACUUUAUACUUAUUUAAAAGCUCUUAUUUUGUGGUCAUUAAAAUGGCAAUUUAUGUGCAGCACUUUAUUGCAGCAGGAAGCAGGUGUGGGUUGGUUGUAAAGCCCUUUGCUAAUCUUAAAAAGUAAUGGGUGAUUUAAAAAGAAAAAAGGAAAAAAUCUUUGGCUGAAUAUGUUCAUUGCUUGUAUUUUUAAAACAACAGAAUUUCCAGUAUGAAACAGGCUGAAAGAGCAGGAAGAAAUGUUCUUUGUAUAAUAAUGGGAAGUUUGGAAUAUAAAAGUUUAUAUAUUAUUUAUCUAUUGGAGAUCUGGUGUACAGGAGGAACACUUUCUUACUGUGUUGCUGUUUUCCAUCAUGUGUUAUCCUAAGAGUUGGGGUUUUUUAAAAUCUGUUUCACCAGGGGAAAAUAAAAACAUCCCUAAUGUUCUUCCUCUAGUCAGUUUGCUUUGCUGAAAGCUCCCUGGUUAUUAGUACAGUUCUACAGGAAGCCAGAAGACUGUACUGUCUGUCCACACCAUGGUCUCCUCAGUCCCCUCCAUGCCAGCCCCUCUUCCCCACACCCAGCAGGUGUGCCACACCUCCCUUUGCCAGUCAUCCCGCCAUGGAUGGGGAGCCUACUUGGUGCCCUGGCAAACCUGUUUACACUAAGGAGAUGCCCACAGGGAGCGGGAAGCUCCCAAACCCUCAGUCAUUCUCCAGCAGAGACCUUUGCUCUUGGCCAGGUUUGAAACGAUGUUCAACCUCGCCGCGUCAAUGUCUCAGUAGAAGACACUAUAGAUAGUUAUGGACAAUACACUCCAAGAAUACUGGGCUUAUGGGUGGGUUGGCUUUUUUGUUUUGUUUUCAAGUCAUGUCUUUAUCCCCAUAUAAUGGAGAAUGUGCCACUUGGCUAAUAGUGUGUUUUCAAAAUUACAAGUUCAGUGAUGACAGGAAAGAGGGCUAAAGUAAUCCCACAGAGGCUGGUAGAAAAGGUGCAUCACACUUAAGCACCAGCGGGUUAAAAACCUGAAAGGGUGGCCCCGACAAUUCUGACUAUAGGUUUUACAGCAUGCCACUUGUGCACUAGGAGGUCUAGGGUUGAAACUCAAGAACGAGAGGAGGUGAAGGAAGGAGACGUUUACUGCUCAAAUGCCAUGCAUUUCACUGCUUACCACUGAACUUGUAUUUGAAUGACUUAGUAAUGCUUAAUAUAAUUGGGCAACUUUUUUAGCACUUUGGAAAGAGUCAUCAAUCUUUCUGGUAAAUUAUAAAAGUUUUCUGAGUGAGAAAAGGUGUGUUUGGAGUUUGUUUGACUUUUUAUAUUAUUAUUGUUAUUAAUAAAGAAAAAAAUCUACAGCAUUUUUCAGACUCCACCCUAGAAAAUAUGUAUCCCUGAAUUUGGUUUGCAGUUUGAUACUCAGGGAAGGAUGUAUUCCAUAGAUAUCCUUUCCGUGUAAAACACUAACAUCUUUGAGAAAUUCACCUACCAACUAACUUCAAUUGUUGUCACUAUGCAUUCUUCAAUGAAAACUAGCUUAUUUUUCCAUAUAGUAAUGCAGUUAGGGUUCUCAGCACUUUCUUUCUUCUAUCCUUUUUUUAACUCUUCAUAUUAUGUUCAGAUGAUCAUACUGUCAAGGUUUGUGUACAUUACUGAAAAUUUGUAUUGUAUAAAGCUUUUUGCAUUACAAGGCUGUACAGGGUCAUUUUGACAGUAACUGGUAUAUUCCUUUGCAUCUUAUGUUGCAUUGCCAAUUUCUAGUGUAUCCAGUUUGAAAGUAUAAUAUACUCUAAUUAAAAAAAAAAAGGUUGGCUAUA